GUAGCCAAGACCACAGAGCAGAGCAAAGCAAGGCAAGGCAAGGAGCUUUUAGAUUUAGUGAAAGCAGCAGAACAGAAACCAUGAGUUCCAGAGCUCUCUUCUUCUUUGCUUUGCUAGCUUUCUCAGCAGUGUCUUGUUUUGCUGAGAAUGAAGAGGACCCAGGUCUUGUUAUGGACUUUUACAAGGACAGCUGUCCUCAGGCUGAAGAUGUUAUCAGAGAACAAGUCAAGCUUCUCUACAAGCGCCACAAGAACACUGCAUUCUCUUGGCUCAGAAACAUCUUCCACGACUGUGCUGUCCAGUCAUGUGAUGCUUCCCUGCUGCUGGAUUCAACAAGGAGGUCCUUGUCUGAGAAGGAGAUGGACAGGAGCUUUGGGAUGAGAAACUUUAGGUACAUUGAAGAAAUUAAAGAAGCACUGGAGAGGGAGUGCCCUGGAGUUGUUUCUUGUUCAGAUAUUCUUGUUUUGUCUGCUAGGGAGGGUGUUGUUCGGCUAGGAGGCCCAAACAUCCCUCUCAAAACUGGAAGAAGAGAUGGAAGGAGGAGCAGAGCAGAGAUCCUUGAGCAAUACCUUCCUGACCACAAUGAGAGCAUGUCCACUGUCCUUGAGAAGUUUGCUGACAUGGGCAUUGACACCCCUGGUCUGGUUGCCCUGCUAGGAGCUCACAGUGUUGGUAGAACACACUGUGUGAAGCUGGUGCACCGUUUAUACCCAGAAGUUGACCCUCAGCUCAACCCUGACCAUGUUGGUCACAUGCUCAAGAAGUGCCCUGAUGCAAUCAAACGAUCCAUAGGAAGUCAGAUUCGAGUGGGAGCGAUGGCUGCAGACGAAGGGAAGAUGAAAAUUGAAAAGUUCGACGGUGCGGACUUCGGCUUUUGGAAGAUGCAGAUCGAAGAUUAUCUGUAUCAGAAAAAGCUUUAUCAACCUCUUUCAGAAAAUAAGCCAGAGGGUAUGAAUGAUGAAGACUGGACUCUUCUUGACAGACAAGCCCUCUGA